GAUGAUGAAGGAGGAGGUGGAGGAGUUGUCUUGUCUUGACUUUGGCCUCGCCAUGGCCAGCCAGCAGCCAGUCACCAGAUUAGCUUAGUUCCUUUCAAUGUUUUCUUGGUUCGUCUUGAGCCUCACUGCAUUGAUAGGUUAGUAGCAUUGUUGUUAGUUGUUUCUCUCAACUACGUCGUUGAAAUUUGAAAAUGUUACAUGAUUUUAAGUAUUUAGUAAGUGUUUAAAUUUUAUAUAGGUAUCGAAUCAAUCUGUACCGUAAUCUGCAAACAACACAGUGUAAUGCUAAUGAUAAUGCAGACGAACGUCGUUGGUCCCGUUAUUCUGUAGUUGAGAGCUGUCUUCUAGUCGGCAGUGCAGAAAGUGUGUGUUACAAUGAUCUUCGGCGACAAUGUGCGGCCUUUUCAUUUCGGACAAUCAACGCAAAAGUGAUCAGACAAGCAUCGAUGAAACUUGUGCUUCCUGCACAAUGUCCUGCGCAGAUGUCGAGAUAGAGAAUGGCAUAGGCUGACCGUCUUUCCUCCAAUAUUCAGCACCCGCCACUCAGCAACUGUUUGGUUGAUAAAUCAUGAUAAGGUAUCGCAUUUCGUAUAAAACACAUCUAAAUAGAUUUUUUCCAGGUUCUACAUUAUACGCUCAACUAGGCUACCGGUACCUACCUUACUAUACUAUAUCUGGCAGCUGUGUGAUGUUAGGUGGUUACCUCUUCUUUUGAAAGUUCUACAGUUUCUUUGACCUUCAUCUAAUUGUCUUGUGCUUGGAUUAAAUUGGAGUUGAUCGAAAAGGUUUAUCACUUACUCUUCAUCCUCAUAACAACGCCAUCAAAAUUUUGUUAGCUAUGGGAGCAGGAGGAAGAAUGAUGAAACGUAUAGUGUGUCUGGUAUUCGCAUGGGGAGUUUUGGUGCUGGGAGUGCUGCAACUGAAGAGCCUUGGUCCAUCGCAGCCCUCUGAACAGCGACUGCUAUUGGUCCGCAGUCGACUGUCAGACUCCAAUGAGAGGAGCCAACAACUUCUCGAUCUGGAGCCAUUCAUUGACAAAUCCGCUACUGGACGUUCUGAGCCACAGCUUAUCGACGAUAUUCAACAACGACUGCCUAGUCUGCCUAUAGCCUAUUGGAACAAGAAUAAAAACAAAAGCUUGUUCUAUAAAAACGAAACUUGCGCAAAGUACCCCAGUAUUUUUGAACUCGAAUUCAACAAUGUCUACUGGCAGAGCUUACGCACAUCAAAUGGCACAUUUCAUUUUUAUGGAGCUUACUACGACAUCAGAAAACUUAGUAAGAUAGGACCAGCAGUCAGAAUUCUUGGCAUGAUCGAUCGCAUCGAACCCACUGUUAAAACCUACUGCCAAUUUUGGUUUGACAAUCGCAAAGAACCUGUUUUUGUUAAAGUUAUGGAGUACAAGUAUAUUUGGUAUAAAAAGUGGGGCAACUACAAGCAAGGAAUCUUCCAACCCUACUUGAUAGCUUGUCAAAUUCCUCAGCCCUACCACAAACUAGUUCCAGCGUCUGUUUCAGUUGUCGAAAAAGUGUGUGACAUUGCCACCAACAGUUUGAGAGUGAUUUAUAAUAAGCCUCCAAAGAAAAAGGGAUUUGCAGUUUGUGUCAAAGGUUUAGACUUUUUACACGAUGAUCUUUCUGUGAGAUUAGUUGAGUGGAUAGAGUUGCUUGGAAUUCUUGGUGCGGACAAAGUGUUUUUCUAUGAGCUCCAAGUGCAUCCUAAUAUCAGUAAGGUAUUGAACUACUACAAGAAAAUGAAUCGCGUUGAUGUCACACCUUUGACGUUACCUGGAGGUCAACCAAAUAUUCCUGGAUUCCAACAUCUUUAUCUUGUGAAAAAGGUCAAUCACAAAAGACAAAAUGAGCUCAUACCAUACAAUGAUUGUCUGUAUAAAAAUCUCUACACCUACGAAUACAUAGCUUUGCUUGAUAUUGAUGAAGUAAUCAUGCCACUUCAGUAUUCAAACUGGAGAGAACUGAUGAAUACUGUUAUAGUGAAAGCAUUAGCCCUCAAAAACGAGACUAGGGCGUCUUACAAUGUGAGAAAUGUCUAUUUCCUUGACGAUCUAUUGCAUGAUCACGGUUGGUUCAAGGAUAUACCCAAAUAUAUGCAUAUGUUGCAGCACGUUUAUCGAAGUAAGAAUUUCACCAAGCCAAAUCAGUACGUCAAGUGUUUUCACAAUCCUGAGCGUGCACUUACACUGCAUAAUCAUUUUCCUCUUGCUUGUUUGAGCUCUGGUUGUACAUCAUACGCAAUACAAACUAGCGAUGCCCAACUCCAGCAUUAUAGAGCUGAUUGUGUGAGGACACUCAAAAAGACAUGCACUCAAUUCCGACAAAACAGUGUUGUGGACACUUCCAUAUGGAAGCAUAAGGAUGCGCUUAUAUCAAGAGUAACUGAUACACUUGAUAAGCUUGGAUUUUUCGCGUCUCAAAGUCUCAUUACAUGAUUGAUUUUUUAUCAAAAAACUAUCUGCCGUCUCUCAUGUAAUGUUCCGUCAAAUAACAGUAUUACAUCGAUGUUUUUAAUCAAAAUCAUUAUAGUAAUAUUUUUUAAAAUCUUGAUAUUCUAUUCAAAUUAUUCGUUUUUAUUCACAUCGACAUAUGAACUCAAUGAUAGAGCGAUAAAAAUUUGUAAAUUUAGGUUAAAUUAGUUGAGAAAUUGACAAAACUUGUACAGUUGAGCGUAUCAAAUUUAAAAAAUUGGACAGUUGAGUUAACUGAGAUGCUAAGACAGGCUAUUUCAUUGAAAAUUGAAACUAUGAAAUUUUGAAACUCCAAGACAUUUUCUAAGAUUUUUGAAAAGAGGGGUCUAGGUAGAAGAAGAAUUUCUUGGCUAAACAACAAUCCUGGUGUGGAAAAAUCUUCAUAGGAAUAUUAAUUCGUAUUGCUGUGAAUUGAAUUUAUUUAUCUGCCAAAAACAAAAUACAAAAAGCUUUACAAAAAAUAAAUAUAAGCUACUGCACUUAAUUAAGUGAAGAUCGCAGUAGUUUAAAUAUUAUGUUAAAUUCUGGUUUCCAUAUUACAUGUAGAGACCACGUAGUUUCAGGUAUUAUUCUCGAACUUACAAUUGCACUGAACAUUUCAGAAAAUGAAAAUUGUCCGACUAUACAUUUUACUAUAUAAAACUAGGCCUAUACUAUAAUGUAAUCUAUUAUAAAAAAUAAUCAAAGAAAAUAAAAUAUGUCUUGAUGUUCUUUCUUCUUAGCGGUAGCAUUUUUAUCAUGCUCAUUUAUGGGAGCAACAUUGUAUAAUCUUACCAAUGAGCAUGAAAACAUAUCUUUAUUAUACGUGUAAAAUAUUGUAAAAUACGUAUUUUGAUUAAUCAUGUAGGUAUAUUUUUGAUAGGCGAAGUAUUUAUACACAUUCUCAAACUUGAUUAACUAUUAUGUACAACUACCAACAUACUCCUCUGCCAUAGUGCAUUAAUAAAUCGUACUUUGAUUGCUCAAUAUAUAAUUGGAAAGAAACUUUUGUAAAAAGUUUAUAAUUUUGAUUAUGCAUAUUGUUAUAAUUAGAAUUAAAUAGUAACAAACAAUUGAUUUCAUGAUAAACAAUUGUGAACUAAAACUCAAUAGUGAAACUUAUUUCAUAAUAAUGUAAUUAUGUUGGAUACUACUCUCAAGUUGGAUAUUAUUUUAUAUUUUACUUUUCACUUGUUUUGUUCCUUCAACUAUUCAAAUACUAACUAAACCACACAAUACCAGCCAUAGAGAAGGGAAAUUUUGAAUUUCCAAUUCAAAAUAAAAUUAAUCAAAUCAGAUUCAUUUUAAUUUGUUUCACGAAAUAUCCAGAAAAAUAAAACUUAUACCCAUUACAGUGAAACACCUAGAAAGGUACAAGCUUAAGCGCGGAUAUCCAACAAUAUCCUCAACAUCACAAUAGAAAAUCUUACAAUAAUAAAUAAUUUUAUGAUAGUGUGAACUAUACUGCGAAAAGCUAUGUUAAAAUUUAGCACAGCCUUGUUCAUCAAUACACUAUCCAAACAUUUGAAUCCAAACAGUUCUGUCAAAUUCAAGAAAUGGCGCCAACAUUCAUUUUUACAAUAUUAUUUUACAUUUUUUGCCAAUUUUUUAUUAAUGCUUCUAAAUUGAUAUUGGAAUCUUUCAAAUGGAUCGUUCGCAAGAGACAAGCUUGAUCUUUCAUCACUACUACGGAUGCGACUAUUGCAAAUAGGAGCUAUGCAAAUCCAACAAUAAUUUCUUCUCGUAUUAUACACAAUCUUACAAUUUUAUACUUUCUCCUUUCAAUACUUGUAUAAUCAAUAAUCUUGAUAUAGAUUCCAAAUAGUUUCAAUUUGUUAUAUUUUAGUUUUGAAUUGUAACUAUUUUGAUUGGUCGUCACCGCAGAGCAUAGUUAAAUAAACCUAGGCCUACAUUGAAAAUUGAAUUCGUUAACUAUAUUAACAAUCAUUCUUUUAAAUUACUCCACAAUCAUUCAAACUGAGAAAUGAACUACAAAAAUCUUUAAUUUAUUGUGUAAUUACAUUAAAUAGCUAGAUAAAAUAAAUAGAUAGAUAAUAGAUAAAUAAAAUUUCACGGAAAGAUUUCUUAAAUACAGUCACAUUCAACAAAUGCAAUAAAGAAUACUAUAUUUGAAAAAUACUUUAUUAUUUAAAAAAAAUACUUUAUAAUAGAAAAUCAUACUGUCAAAACCAUUUAAAUUUACUUAAUUGCAACACCCGCAAGAACGAGGUACCAUUCACUCUAAAUUAUUUAUUAUAUCACCUAUGUAGGCCUACAUUAAGGCUGUGCAAAGGCUAAAAAAGACUUACUACUGUUGAUACUUUUCAAAGAUUUUCAAUUUGUAUACUAUCAAGCUAUCAAAAUGGAAAAUUUCUCUCAGGAAAACAUUUUUUUCGAACAUUACUUUUCUAUAUAUGAGUGCAUAAAGUUUAAAUUUUUGAGACAGAUAAUUUCAAAUUCGGUAGGAUAUAAAUUCAUGAAACUCUAAGGAUAAAUUAGGCUAACUUUCUCAAAAAUUGAUAUUUUCAGAACAUUUUUGUUCUAUUCAAUCAACAAUACUAUGAAGAAUUCAUCCGCAAAAUUUCAUGGAUUUAACUCUUACCGAAAUUUAAAUGUUCUGUCCCAAAAAUUUGAAACUUUAGGCGCUCAUAUCUCAUAAAGUAAUGAUCGGAAAAAAUGUUUCCUGAGAAAACGUUUUUAUUUUGAUAGCUUGAUAGUAUACAAAUUGAAGAACUUGGAAAAAUAUCACUAGUAGAAAGUUUUUUUUAAUCUUUGCUCAGCCUUAACUUGUCACUCUUUGUUGAAUCCAUGAUAGGGUGAGAGAUCACUAAUAAUCCAUUCACGUGCAAACCAAACAGCAUAAUAGGCCUAGACACUAACCUGUUGAGUAGCAAACAAUAUUGUAUUUUCAUUCACGUUACGGUUGAAAUAUCAAAAAAUUCAAAUUUGACAUUGAAGAGAACCAUACAUUAAAGUUUUAAUUAUAUCAAAAUUAGAAUCUGAGGUUGAAAGUGUGUUACUGAACUGUUUUUCCGCAAUCGAUCCUCCUCACUAUACAAUAUUAGUCUACAAGCCUAUUCAGUAUUUAAUUAGACAGUUUUGUUGCAUUAGGUUGAUAAUUGUAAUAUAAAUCUUGUAAGAAUCCGUUAUAUUUUUUUGUAUCUAAAUUUUCAACCUAGAAUAAGAAUUGCAAAAUUGAGAAACAAAAGACUGAUUGCAUGAAGGAGUUUAAAGCAAAUAAUAUUUUGUAAACGUAAUACGUGAAGACUAAGUGGAUUAAAUACCAUAGUCGAACAAUUAAACAGAAAUAUCGUAUAAUUAGUGUAUUGGUUAUAGUGUAUAAUGCAAUCAUGGAGCUAAGUAACCUUAGCACUCGGUUGUAGUUGAAUUUUAAGAAGACUAGCGAAUAGCGCAUCAAUAUUUAAGUUUGUAUACAUUGUAUUUCACUUAUGAAUAAUUGCUGUUUCAGAUUAAAAAUUAAGAGCUCGCCAUAGCUUACAUGUUCCAAACUGGUGCCUUAUUUAUACUGAAGUAUUUUAACCGUUCCAAAACUCAUAAAUCAAGGAACUGGUUGAUUGUAAUUUUAUUUGAUUUUUUUUCAAUAAACUGUUCAAAUUUGUGGUA